UCCAAGGAGGGAUCGGGAGGGAUUUUUUUUUGUUGGCUUUUUUUUUUUCCUCUUGGAUCCUGAUGCCAUCCCCCCUCCCCCCAAAGUGAGGUCCUCCCUCCCUCCUUCCCUCCUCCUCCUCCUUCUCCUCGCAGGCCAGCGAAGCAGCCGAUCAAGGGGGAGCUGGCGGGUUAGGUGCCCCCCUCUUCUCCCUGCCCUCCCCCCCCUCCCGGCCCGCUUCUCGCAUCUCCCCCCCAGAGAUGAUGCAGCAGGACGAGUCAAACUCGCCAGUCUCCCCCGCCGACGACAGCUUGAGCAACAGCGAAGAGGAGCCGGACCGACAGCAGCUGCCCAACAACAAGAGAGGGGGGCGCAAGCGGCGCUCCAGCCGCCGUAGCGCCGGCGGAGCCGUCGGGGCCGCGGACGAGCCCUGCAGCCCGGCCCAAGGCAAGCGGGGCAAGAAGUGCGGGGCGGGAGGGGGCGGCGGGGGCGGCGGCAGCAGCAGCGGCGGCGGCAGCCCCCAGUCCUACGAGGAGCUGCAGACUCAGCGGGUCAUGGCCAACGUGCGGGAGCGGCAGCGCACGCAGUCGCUGAACGAAGCCUUCGCCGCCCUGCGGAAGAUCAUCCCCACGCUGCCCUCGGACAAGCUGAGCAAGAUCCAGACCCUCAAGCUGGCGGCCAGGUACAUCGACUUCCUCUACCAGGUCCUACAGAGCGACGAGCUGGACUCCAAGAUGGCAAGCUGCAGCUAUGUGGCCCACGAGCGGCUCAGCUACGCCUUCUCGGUCUGGAGAAUGGAGGGCGCCUGGUCCAUGUCCGCAUCCCACUAGCAGGCGGCGUCUCCCACCCGCAUCCCCCCGACAGGAGCCCUAGAUGACAUUGUUCCCACAGAAGGAGAAAAUGGACAUUCUAGAGACUCUGAAGUUGGAUACCAUUUUAUUGGUCUUGUCUAAAACAAAACUAAGCAAAAACCACAAAAAAAGUGUGCCAAGGAUUUCUUGGAAAUUAGAAGAGCAAUAUCCAAAUUCAAAGCAGGGCGUGGGGAGCACUUAAGGAAAGAGAAAGAGACAAGGGCUUUGGACAGUGACUACCCUUUGGGCGUCGGUACAAUCCACACAUCUCUGCAUUCUGAUAGAAGUCUGAAUCAUUCGAUUUUUUUUUUUUUUGACGAAGAAUGUUGGAAUUUAUUUUUUUUAUUUGCCUUUUUUUUUUUUUGCAUGCAUUCCCAAGAGAUCGUGCCUAUGAGCCACUGAUGAAAGGAAAUACAUUAUUGUGGACUUCUCUUCAUUCUUGAAUGAAACCAACCAACCAACUAAAAAUAUCCCU